UCUAGAAGUACCUCACAGACUGUGGAGAAAAUCCUAGUCCCUGUGAUGUAACCUGCAUAUGAUGUAACCCGUGUCCCUCUGCUGUGCAACAGAAAAGCCUGAUUUGUAAGAGACAACCCCAUGGUUUGCUCUGCCUACAGCUGAAGUCAUCGCUAGUUGCAGUUUUGCUCUUAGUUUGCUGUGCUUCAUAGGAGGGAUUUUCAUGGAUCUCAAUAGUGCUAGCACUAUUGUUUUGCAAGUCUUGACCCAAGCUACUAGUCAAGAUACUGCAGUGUUGAAGCCAGCUGAGGAACAACUGAAGCAGUGGGAGACACAGCCAGGUUUUUAUUCGGUGUUGUUGAAUAUCUUUACAAAUCAUAGCCUGGAUGUGAAUGUAAGAUGGUUAGCUGUGCUAUACUUUAAAAAUGGAAUUGAUCGCUACUGGAGACGGGUUGCACCACAUGCUCUUUCUGAAGAAGAAAAAACUACAUUGCGUGCUGGACUUAUCACCAAUUUUAAUGAGCCAGUGAAUCAGAUAGCAACUCAGAUCUCUGUACUGAUUGCUAAAGUUGCCAGGGUGGACUGUCCAAGGCAAUGGCCAGAACUUAUACCCACUCUUCUAGAAUCUGUGAAAGUCCAGGAUGAUCUUCGACAACACAGAGCACUACUUACCUUUUAUCAUGUUACAAAGACCCUGGCAUCCAAACGGCUUGCUGCAGAUAGGAAACUUUUCUAUGAUCUUGCAUCAGGUAUUUAUAGCUUUGCGUGUUCCUUGUGGAAUCAUCAUACCGAUACGUUCCUACAGCAAGUUUGUGCAGGGGAUGAAGCUGCAGCCACAAAUUCACUAGAAAGAACCUUGUUGUCAUUGAAAGUGCUUCGUAAACUGACAGUCCAUGGAUUUGUAGAACCUCACUGGAGUGCAGAGGUGAUGGGUUUUCUACAUGCAGUGUUUGAACGACUAAAACAGUUUCUGGAGUGUAGUAGAAGUAUAAGGGCAGAAAAUGUAUGCAGAGAUCGUCUAGAAAAGACUAUAAUUCUGUUCACUAAAGUGCUUUUGGACUUCCUGGAUCAACAUCCUUUUUCAUUCACCCCUUUGAUUCAAAGGUCAUUGGAGUUUGCUGUAAGCUAUGUUUUCACAGAGGCUGGUGAAGGAAUUGUAUUUGAGCGGUUUAUUGUACAAUGCAUGAAUCUCAUUAAGAUGAUUGUAAAAAAUUAUGCUUACAAGCCAUCCAAAAAUACUGAAGAUAGCAGUCCUGAAACUCUUGAAGCACAUAAGAUAAAGACGGCAUUUUUCACAUAUCCAACACUAAUGGAAAUAUGUAGGAGAUUAGUCACUCACUAUUUCCUGCUGACAAAGGAAGAAUUAAUGAUGUGGGAAGAGGACCCAGAAGGCUUCACUGUGGAAGAGACAGGAGGAGAUUCUUGGAAGUACAGUCUGAGACCAUGCACGGAAGUUCUUUUUAUUGAUAUUUUCCAUGAAUAUAAUCAGACUCUUACCCCUGUGCUCUUAGAAAUGGUUCACAGUCUACAAGGGUCUACCAACAUGGAAGAUACCAGUGCUAUACUGAUUAAAGAUGCUGUGUAUAAUGCAGUUGGACUGGCUGCAUAUGAACUAUUUGAUAGUGUGGAUUUUGAUCAGUGGUUUAAAAAUCAACUAUUAGCAGAACUACAGGUUUCUCAUAACAGAUAUAAACCAAUACGCCGACGAGUAAUUUGGCUGAUUGGACAGUGGAUUUCUGUAAAAUUCAAAUCAGACUUGAGACCUAUGUUAUAUGAGGCAAUUCGUAACUUGCUUCAAGACCAGGACUUAGUGGUCCGUAUCGAGACAGCUACGACACUGAAGUUAACUGUAGAUGACUUUGAGUUCAGCACCGACCAGUUCUUACCGUAUCUGGAAUCCAUGUUUACACUGCUCUUUCAGCUACUUCAGGAAGUAACACAAUGUGACACCAAAAUGCAUGUUCUUCAUGUUCUGUCUUGUGUGAUUGAAAGAGUCAAUAUGCAGAUACGACCAUAUGUAGGAUGUUUGGUUCAGUAUUUACCACUCCUUUGGAAACAAAGUGAGGAGCACAAUAUGCUGCGAUGUGCCAUUCUAACCACCCUAAUCCAUCUUGUCCAGGGACUGGGAGCAGACAGCAAAAAUCUCUAUCCUUUUCUACUUCCAGUUAUUCAGCUAAGUACGGAUGUUUCUCAGCCUCCACAUGUCUAUCUUCUAGAAGAUGGUUUAGAGUUGUGGUUAGUGACAUUGGAGAAUAGUCCAUGCCUUACACCUGAGCUCCUGAGAAUAUUUCAGAAUAUGUCUGCCCUUCUUGAGCUGAGUUCAGAAAACCUAAAAAAUUGCUUUAAGAUCAUCAAUGCUUAUAUUUUCUUAUCAUCAUCUGAAUUUUUACAGAUGUACGCUGCUGACUUAUGCCAGUCAUUUUGUGAACUUUUGGAGGACAUAACUACUGAAGGUCAAGUUCAAGUUUUGAAGGUUGUGGAAAAUGUCCUAAAAGUAAACCCUGUUUUGGGUCCUCAAAUGUUUCAACCACUUCUACCGUCAAUAUUCAGGGGGAUUUUAGAUGGGGAGAGAUACCCAGUGGUGAUGUCUACUUAUCUAGGGAUCGUGGGUAGAAUUCUACUACAAAAUGCAAGUUUUUUUUCAUUACUUUUGAACCAGAUGGCAUGUGAAUUGGGACAGGAGUUGGACCAAAUUCUUGGUAACAUGAUUGAAAUGUGGGUUGAUCGGAUGGAUAACAUCACUCAGCCAGAAAGAAGAAAACUUUCUGCUUUGGCAUUGCUUUCGCUUCUGCCAUCAUUGAAUAGUGUUAUCCAAGAUAAAUUUUGUGGUAUCAUCAACAUUUCAGUGGAAGGGUUGCAUGAUGUUAUGACCGAAGAUCCUGAAACAGGAACAUACAAAGACUGCAUGUUAAUGUCUCAUUUUGAAGAGCCCAAAGUUACAGAAGAUGAGGAACCUCCCACAGAACAAGACAAAAGAAAAAAAAUUCUUGCACUGAAGGACCCUGUACACACUGUGUCAUUGCAGCAGUUCAUCUAUGAGAAGCUAAAGGCACAGCAGGAAUUGCUGGGAGAGCAAGGUUUUCAGGCACUUAUGGAAACCGUGGAUACAGAAAUAGUUGCACAGCUACAAGAAUUUUUACAAGGCUUCUAAAUAAGCAGAAACAAGUUUUUGUAUGUCCAAUUUCCCUUUCAAAACAAUACAAAAGAACUCUAGGCUUCCAUCUUGUAUGGAAGAACCUACUGAAAGCUGAAAAUAACUUGUGUUUAAAAAAAAUAAAUGUUUCUGUUGU